UCCCGAUUAGUUAAAAAAUAAAAUUACAUUAUUUUUAAAUUGACUCAUACAAAACUCCACCCGGCAAGUUGACAUCAACUGCACGUUAUCUGAAAAUUACGGGCAAUCGUCCGUGUGGAAUUUCGGCAAUUUUGCUCGCACAACGCUUAUCGUGCAGAUUGUGUUCAACUUCACUCUAUCGUCGAAGUCGAACUAUACUUCCGUAAUGUUUGGAAAUUCUGGAUCAUUAUUUCACACUUUCUGAGGCAACAUUUUGGAACAUGAGCCCACUGACAUAACCAUACUGAUGUUUCGUCUAUUCUUGACCUGUAUCAUAGCGUGAAGUUUGGAAUCACAGAAGUAGAGCUUACAGGAGCACCCACCCACUGUACCGGCCAGAGACGAGUCAGGGAAGUGUCAUUAUAUGGUUCGACUGUCAAACUUGACUAGUAGGAGUUACACAAACCUGAUUCAGGGAGUACUGGAUUUUUUCAGCUUCAUUUAAUAAAAGAGCAAAAAUCUUCCUCAAAACGAGAAGAGGUAAUUUUUAAAGAUGGAUCCACAUAUGUACAAGUUGCCAGACGGCAAGUACGCAGACGGCUCAUGGGAGUUGAAUAUCUAUGUGACGAACCUCCAGCAGGAGAAGCAGAUUCGAGUGACUGGAGAUCUACACAUUGGCGGAGUCAUGCUCAAACUUGUUGAAUCCCUAGAUCUGAAAGAGCAGAGAGAUUGGUCAGAUCACGCCAUAUGGUGGCCAGACAGGAACCAGUGGUUGAAACGGACUGGUUCCACACUGGACCAAUGCCACGUCCAGGCUGAUGCCAAGCUGCAGUUCACACCCAUGCACAAGACGCUGCGAGUCCAGAUGCCAGACAUGCAGCUGAUAGACAUGCGGGUGGACUUUUCCUCUGAUGUCUUAUCGUCCGUGAUCGAGCUAUGUAAAGAAGUUGGUAUACGUCACCCAGAAGAGCUCUCCUUCCUCAAGAAACCAGACGCAGGUGCCUUACAUGUAAAACAGCGAAGUAACGGACGGAAGAAGAAGGACCGGGACCGCGAUUCCAUGGCAUCCAGUAACAGCAACGAGGCGGCAUCCACGGGCAGCCUGGAUGGCAUACCCCCACACACACCCACACGUAGACCCUCCCCUGGGUUCAACCGGAUGACACCCAAUUCAACGCCCGGCCACAACGGCAACACCACCCUCUACUCCGUACACAGUUCAGGCUCAGGGAACUUCAGCGAUAGUAUUGAGAACUUGAACAUGUCGUUGAUGAACAGCCCUCAGGUGCCGAGCAAGGAGGCACGAGAAGGUCUGGUAAAGCCCAACAACUUCCGAGAAAAGGCCCUCAUCAAUUGCGGGUGGCUAGACUCAUCCAAGUCCCUGAUGGAGCAAGGCACCCGAGAGAACGACACCCUGAUGAUGCGCUUCAAGUACUUUGCCUUCUACGACCUGGACCCCAAGCAAGACGCAGUCCGAAUCAACCAGAUCUUUGAGCAGGCCAAGUGGGGGCUGCUCAACGAGGAAAUUGACUGCACAGACGAGGAAAUGAUCAUGUUCGCAGCGUUACAGAUGCAAGUGAACCUCCAAGCUCAGAUGCCACAACCCGAUCCUGACGCGGUGCCAGAGGGACAAGAUGACAUCGACAAAGCCUUGACAAACCUACAGGUAUCUCUAGAAGGAACAUCGAUCACAACUGGGCAUAGUGACAUUACAACGGUACCUGAGCUGUGUGACAAUUUAAGGUUUUUCAGGCCAAAGAAACUAACAUUGAAGAGUUACAAAAGAGGCUACUUUGUCUUCAGAGACACACAUCUGACGCAAUACAAGGCGCAGGAAGAUAACCAUGGGGCACCUGUACAGACCCUCAACCUCAAUGGCUGUGAGGUGACACAUGAAGUCAGCAUACAACAUGAUAGGUAUGGCAUUAAGCUGUUGGCCAAGACACCAGAAGCACCUGUGGAGAUGUGGCUGCGAUGUGAAUCGGAGGAGCAAUACGCCAAAUGGAUGGCGGCCUGUAGGUUAGCCUCCAAAGGCAAGACGAUGGCGGACAGCAGCUACCAGUCAGAGGUACAAGGAAUCCAAGCCUUCCUCGGCAUGCAGAGGAGCAAGAAGAAUCCCAACGUCACGGUCCACACGGAGAACAUCAACAUCCAAACGGAAGAUUACGUGUCUCCGACGUUCCUCAAGAAACAUAAAUCAAAACAGGUUGCUUCUCGAAUCCUGGAUGCCCAUACCAGUGUCAGGAACAUGAAACUGAUGGACGCAAAGUGUAAUUACAUCAAAGCAUGGCAGGCCCUACCUGAGUAUGGAGUCACAUACUUUGUCGUCAAGUUCAGAAACAGCAAAAAAGAGGAGCUGAUCGGAGUGGCCUACAACCGCCUGAUCAAAAUGGAUAUCAACUCGGGCGACUCGCAGAAGACGUGGCGCUACUCCACGAUGACGGCGUGGCACGUCAACUGGGAGGUCAAGGAGGUCCUGGUCCAAAUGGAGGACGAGAACAUCCAAUUCUCCUGCUCCUCGGCGGACUGCAAAGUCGUCCACGAGUUCAUCGGCGGCUACAUCUUCCUCUCUAUGAGAUCCCUAGACUCGAAUCAGACCUUGAACAAAGAGAUGUUCCACAAGCUCACCGGGGGAUGGGUUUGAGAUGCUGGCAGUUUGUAACCAAUAGACUGAUAAACAAGUUUAGCUUUUUUGAAAAUUCAUUUGGGGUUUUGCUUUUUUGUAACUUUUAGUGCAUCAACAAGGUGAUAGGAGGUUUUUUGAAUAUUGCCUGAGCUGUAAAGCUGGACAUUCUGUACUUGAGAUAAUAGAUCAAGAAUUUGAGAACUAAAGUGGACUUAGAUAAAGUUGAUUCUACACAAUCAAUGUGUCUUCAAGUGAAUCAACGAAUAAUUGCCUCCUUGAGGAAGUUCAGCCACUGGGACGGCCAUGGAUGAUGUAAAAUGGCUACCCUGACGCUAACAAAACUGCAAGGACCCAUCAACACAGUUGCAUGACAAGGUACAGAUGACUACCACCUGAUGGUUGUGGACUGAGAAUUUUACCCAGUCAUGAAAGAAGACGUUUCGUGGAUGUCUUCCUGUUUUUGUUUUUUUAUCUCUUAGAAUUUUUUUAAAUUAUGCCUGGGGUAGCAAAGGGCUUUUUAGCUGCAUUUGUUGCAAACAAUGACAGGACAAAACAGCUUUGUAUAUAGUCUAUAAAUAAUGUAUCCUUUUAACAGUUUGAGCUAGUUUUUAUGAAUUUUAAUUAAUAAAUGCAUUUUAAUGAUAAUGACAUUAUAGCAUGGACAACAGAGAAAGACAUUUGAGACAACUAUGCUAUUCAGUAAUUGCGAGAUCUAAUACCAUGGGGGAACACACCGCUGUAUAUAUAGCCAACUCAUACAUUAAAUGCUUUUAAAGUCAGUGUGCAUGCCUGGUGACCUCAUUAAUAAACAGAUUUAUGUGCAUAUUUUUCCAUAUAAUUACAGGCUUUUUUUUAUGUUUUCAGGUCACUGAAAAAGCUUCAGUCCUCUUAAUGUAGAAUUUUCUCUGAAUGUAAUCCAGACAUUAUAGAGCAUAAUAUUUUAGCAGAAAUUGUUUAGCGAAUCAUUGAAAUAAUAUUUUUAACCAUUGUAUAAAUGUUUUAAAAUACGUUUUAUCAAUUUUGAAAUGUACACUUUUGAAUAGAUCGACUCUUUAAGUGUGUAACACGGUCUACACAAUUCUGUUUGGAUGAUGGGGGUUUUCAGCAGGAACUCUCAAGGCUAAGUGCAAAUAUUGUCCGAUUUCAGGAAAGGUUCACUUUUGAAGACGUGCUUUAUUGAAGAUUGCUUAAGAACAAACAAAAUGCUUAUAAAAUAUUUUACAGUGUCAGUCGUGCGACGAAGUAAACCUAUCUGCUGCACAUUUCACAUACAAGAGAAAACCCACAAUUUUUAUGAAGAUUUUUCAAGUAGUUACAAAAUACAAUGUGGACGCAUUUUUUUAAUAAAACUAUUUUUAGUUGGUCUUCCAAAAGACUUCCUAAACAUAUAUAUAACAAAGCUAUUAGUUGUUUCAUUUUGUUUUCUGUUUUCAAAACUCCACUUUUAUUUUUUGUGGAAUUAAUAACAUGGGAAAAUAUGAAGAUCUGUCAUUUCACAUGAUGAAAUCCCUCGGCCUUCAAGUUGUAGGUCUUGAUGAUAUUGUCCACCCACGUAUUAGGACUUUAUGUUCUUGUACUUCUUAUUUCAUAUCAAAUUUCCUGUUUUUCUACCUUCCCACCACAUAAUGUUUUUUUUCCAUUUGUGUAAACUUAAAUACAGCCCCCACAUUCAGCUUUAGGGAAACAACAAAGAUGUUCUUAAAAACUUUCUGUUGUCCUCUAUAUGUAGAGAGUUGUUGUCAACAUUGAAUUGUGAUCAAUCUAUAAAUCCAUUCUACUCAGUAUGAAUUUACAAAUCUGGGCCCAAUUACAUGGCUCUGCUUAUCUGAAGAAGAAACAAAAAUCGGCACUUACAGAAGCAGGGAAUUCCAUGUUUACAUCAAGCCUAUUUCACUGGUUAGCAGGAAAUGUUGGCUUGUGCGCGUGAACUCCCCAUUACUAUUCUUUGCGCAAACAGCGAGCGCAGAAAUUCAGCACUUGCAUAAGUGGAGAACGGUGAUCGUAAGCACAGAAUUCAGCAGUAAGUAGAGCUAUGAAUAUGGGCCCAGAUCAAGUCAAGCUUAACUUUACUAAAGUGGGACGCAUCCAUGCUUAUUAAAGCACACUGUGUGUUGCCUGCUUGGUUUACAUUGUAUACCCAAUAUUGACCUUGUGACUCUGGUCGCCAAAUGUGUCUAUUCUGAAAAGUUUUGAAGUGACUAUUUUGUGAUAUUCUUUAAUGCAAAACGGUUGGUGUUUUGGCUUCAUAACAACUUCACAACUACAACAUUUUGUGAAGGAAAUAGAACAGAUUUUAUAAGGAGUUUCAUUGUCAUUUGGCAAACCAUAGUAACCAGAUUCCAUCAAAAAGGUACCACCAUGCAUCCACUGUUUACCAUUUCCUUAAGGAAACAAACUUGUGUAGCUUUCUAAAAACGGAAAAAUUUGCAAUGAUAACAAUGUAUUGUAAUUAUGCAGAUGGGAUGAUUUCCUGUAGCAAUUCAAGAUAACAUUGGGUCUUUCCCUUUCAAUUGGCACAACACUUUCAUGAAUUAAGAUAUGGUCUAUUUCCUUCAUAAAUUGCAAUUGUCAUGAAAUUGUAGUGAAACAAAUGCUGAGGGUUUUGUCUUAAAAAAAGAGAGGGAAAAAUGCCACAAAACAGGUUACUCCGAAACUUUGCAGAAAUCAUGAUUUUCCCUGAAGAUAUGAACCACGACCUAGAGAUUUUCCAAUUUGAGUAAGUACCAUCCUGAGGACAUGGAAUUACCAAAAAAAAGGUAAAACUGUUUUUGAAAAAUGCAAUUCGGCACAUUGCCUAGAGGUUUUUUUGGCAAUGCCAAUUGAAGGGAAUUCACCAAAAUUGUCCCAAACGCACCUUGAGGAUUUUCCCAGAGUUAUCUUCAAUCUCUCUGGAAGUGAAAGUCCACCAGCUUCACUUUCACUUUCGUUUACAAUAUCUUGAGAAACUACUCGUAGACUGAAGUGAUGAUGGACAACGUAAGUGGUUUUAGGUUUGUUUACCAGACAUGCAUUUAACAUCAGCUCCAACUGUUUCAGGUCAAAGGUCAAAUACAUGAUGUUUGUUUUAGUAGUGGAUCUUUAAAAUAACCCAACAUAGUGGCACAACUUCAAGCAUGUCAAUAGACUGAUCCAUUAGGCUCCAACCACAGCGCACGUGUGAGCAAGAACACGAAAGCCUCUCCAAUGCCAUUCUGCACAACUCUGCCGCGCGCGCCAAGCAUACGUGCACGCAUGUCGGACUAUAUUUGUCUGACUUUUGGUGGUGCAAUGGGAUGUGAUUGGUCAAGACGCAAUGGGGUGGAGCUUAAGGGAUCAGUUUAUUGUUUUUUAAACCUUUUACCUAGUCUAGUUAUAGACCAUGCAAGUCUCUCGCAUAUUCAAACAUUUUCGAGACCACUUUGGUCCCACGUCGGUGCUCUUCUGCAUAAAGGAAACAAACUCGCGCACUUUUAUGGGUCGCAAUGUUCAAAUACGCGGGAGACUUGCACUGGCUAUGAAUGUUGCUAAUGCUAGGCAACUUUCAAAGAUGAGAACAAAAUACGAGACUGAUGUGAUUAUCCUACUGGUACCAACUGACCAUUAAUUUUGCAUUCUUUUGAUAAACUUUGAAUUUGGUUUGUACUGAAGGCUUAACCAUCUUUUUCAUGAAAUGUUCUCAAAAGAUUAACAUUUUAAGGAUUUGUGGUCGCUAUGACUCACUGGAAAGUUCAUGGUACUGUCUGCACUUGAAUUCCAAGAACAGGACAAAAAUUAACUUGCAAACAAAUAAUCGGACAAUCCUUGCCUCAAGGAAGGAAACUUGGCAACCAGACAUUUAGAAUAGGCCGAUCCAUUAGGCUCCGCCCACGAUGCAUGUGUGAGCAAGAACAUGUGAGCCUUUCCAAUGCCAUUCUGCACAACUCUAAUGUGUGUGUCAAGCAUGAUACGCGCACGCAUGUCAGACUUUAUAGUGUAGGACUUUUGGUGGUGCAAUGGGUUCUGAUUGGUCAAUACUCAAUGGGGCGGAGUUUAAUGAAUCGUUCCAUUGUGGUAGGCUGCGAUCUGUGUCACUUUACAGGGUUCUACAGGUGCAGUGCCAGUUGUUUGGUGUUACCAUGUACUAAAUACUAAUGCAUAAUUAUUUUAGACUAGGGCCAGUUUCAUUUUGAGCUGAUUAAGCAGAAAUGGGCAGCAAAAAUACCAGCUACAAAUUGUACAUGUGAUAUACUAGGUUGACCGGUUACCUUAUUCCAGUAAGCGUAAUUUGGUUGUGCUAAUUGUGCUUAAGCAGCUCUAUGAAAUUGGGCCCAGAGUUCAUUUUAGACAAAUUUCCUGCCAUUUGUGUUUGUUUGCGGAGUGGGUCAUGGGGUUUGUUUUUUGUAUAUUUAAAAUGACUUUAUUCGUCAAAGAUUGGUUGGCUUUCCAGCCAAUUUAUAAUUCUUAUCCCCUAAUUAUUUAUAUGCACUACUUGAUAAGUUGAUAUUAACAUGUUAUGUAGAAGCUUUGGUCCCAGUAGACCUGUUUUAUGUAUCUAAUAACUUCUUGUUUGUAUUUUGUGAACACUUUGGGCAAAGCAAGUCUUCUAGCCAGCCUGCCACUGCCUUUAAAUCAAAAACUUGUCGCAUGACUUCUGGGUUUUUUAAAGACAAUUUUCUAUACUGUCUUCCUUUUUUAAUCUUUUAUUAUCACACAAUACUCUACUUGAUCCCUCCUUUGAGCUGUUUUCCUAAUUUCUAUGCCAGUUGUAUUGUUAAAACAAACAAAUAACCAAAUGUAUUACUGGGAGGGCCUGUCUUUUUCUGAAACUAAUCUUUGGCAGGAAAGACAACGUUUUCAGUUUCCCAAAGUUCCUCGGAAAACGAGCAUAGUCAUAUUUUGUCAUAGACCUAAUCGCAAACUUGUGCUAUGUGCACAUUAGGAGUGGAAUGAGGUGCAUGCUGGUCUAGCUGAUUGAGUUUGAUCCCUAGCUAGACCAGCAUGCACCUCAUUCAACAGUUUGCGCAAUGGGUGUUUGCGCAAUGGGUGUUUGCGAAAAGGUCUGAUCAUUUCCUGAAAUUUUUUCACAUUUGUUUUGAUGCAAAAACUGCUGAAUCCAUCUGCCAGUGUUUUGGUGAAUGAAUAGACCAGCAUUGGAUUCUUCUGCAAAUGCCUGCGUUGUUAUCCUGUUUUUAAGUGUGGUUAAACUCCCCUCUCUUGCUUCUCUUAACCUGUUUUUUUUCGGUGCUUUUAAAUUUGGUUUUUGAUCCCCAGCAUACACUUAUCGCAAUAACACGAUACGUGCGCGUCAGGCUUGGAAUGAGGUGCAUGCUGGUCUAUCUAGCGAUCAAGUUUGAUGAUCAAGUUUUAUCGCUAGCUAGAGCAGCACGCACCUCAUUUAACAGUUAGCACUUGUGCAAUGGGUGUUUGCAUAAAAGGUUUAUGGCAUCACUGUAGCGCCCUCUUGGGGUCAGUGUAAUGGCUAUUGGGAGCUCUUCAUAUCAGAGGCAGCAUUGUAUGCUCUUAUGAUUGAAAUACAUUUAAGUUUUUAUCUUCUAAAGACUUGUACACAUUUUAGGGUUAAAUUAAGUGUUCUUGUUCUCGCAUAUUGAAUCAAUUCAGUUUGUCCUACCAGCCUCGAGUCCAAAUCAAGAAAAUGUCAAUUUUGAAAGGGGGAACAUUUUAGUUAGCAAUCAAUUUCUUCCAUUCUUUGCAAUGUAUUUGUCGGUAACAAUCAUUGUUUCUGGUAGUCGUGGUCUAUCCUCGAAUGUUAUGGUGUGUUGUUAUGUACAAACAAAUUUUCAACAAAAGUUAACUCUGUAACUUAUUUCACCGCUUUUGCUUUUAAACGAAAAAUGAAUUAUUUUUUAAAAAGUGUUUACUUCAGUAAUCAGUUAAACUAUAUAUCGCUGAAUUUGUGUAGUAUUUCAUUUUAUUUUUGUAAGAAUUUAGUGAAAUUAUUAAGAAAUGUUCAAAGCUGGAGAAAUUAAUGGGCAUGACGUAAAUAAGGGAAAGAUGUGUUUGAAAAUAUGUAUAGGUAUUGGUAUUUUUAAGACAACUUUAUUUGGCAUGCUUGGGUGCAAUGCAAUGUGAGCAGAAAAAGUCAAAGUGAAACUUAACCUAGAAAUCUUUGAACCCUAUGACCAUCAAUAAAAUCAUGUUUUUAUACAUAAAUACGGUGUUGUGUUUAUUGUAAAGCAUAAUGAAUAUAACUUGAUUUGAAAUCCAUGUUA